ACAUACAACACAUUGUCCUAAACAGUCUGGAUUUUUUCAUUGUGAAAUUUUUUCCGUCCGAAUUGGUUUGUUCUCGUGUAAAAAAGUUAUUUUUUGCUUGUGUUCCUGUGUAAAAAAAUUGCGCUUGUGAAAAUAUAAUUUUUUGUCGUGCUCCACGUAAAAAAGAUAAUAUGGCCCGUACUAAACAGACCGCCCGAAAGUCGACCGGAGGAAAGGCUCCCCGGAAGCAGCUGGCCACCAAGGCUGCCCGCAAAUCGGUGCCAACCACUGGAGGGGUGAAGAAGCCCCAUCGCUAUCGUCCCGGGACAGUGGCCCUUCGUGAGAUACGCCGUUACCAGAAGUCGACCGAGAUGCUCAUCCGCAAGCUCCCCUUCCAGCGACUGGUUCGUGAAAUCGCCCAGGACUUCAAGAGCGAUUUGCGUUUCCAAUCGGCGGCGAUUGGAGCCCUUCAAGAAGCAGCCGAGGCCUAUAUAGUGGGUCUAUUCGAAGACACUAACUUGUGCGCCAUCCACGCCAAGCGGGUAACCAUCAUGCCCAAGGACAUCCAGUUGGCUCGCCGCAUCCGAGGAGAGCGUGCUUAAGCUGGAUCAUCCCGAGGGGCAGCAAAAGAAUCGAUCUGUCGACCAUCCUUGAACAGACCAUUCUGAUUUACAUUUGGUUGAGGGAAAGAAGCCUGAAGAAGUGCACCAGCGACACUUUGAUUCAAUCUAUCAUUCACAUUCAUAUGUAUACAUUUAUUAUCCUUGUGUUGGUCAAUCGGGUCAUCAGAAAGAGACGAAAAAACAAAACUAAA